AUUCGAAUAACAGAAGAACUGUGAAAUCAAUUCUGCGAGUCAAAAAGUUUUUGGGGCUAGUUGAAAUGACAUCUGAGCUAGUAAAUGCUGGCUUAAGCUUGCCCGAAUGGCAAGCUGUAAAAAUGAUUUUCUUUGCACCCUGAAAACCUAAGAUUUCUUAGUCACUCAGGAGCAAAGUAAGGCGCCAUGGGCCAAUAGACUCUGUUUAUAGCGCACAGCCCUGUACCCUAGCCAGGUUAUCUGACAAUUUCCAUCCUUUGUGAUUCCCAUGUGUUGUGUCUAAUGUUAGGAAAACAGUUUUUCAAUGAUUGAAUCAUCAUUUUAAUAGGUGACUCCUGUGAAAAUGAUUGAAAGAAGUGUUUACAGUGGAUACUAUUGCUUUGAGCACAACCUUUGCAAAAGGUAUACAAAGUUCUGUACAGUCACUUAAUCUUCUAAGUUAAUAAACUAUUUGCUAUGUUUUACUGUUAGUAACAAGGUUAAAUGGAUUGUGGACAUAACUCAUAUAUUUAUAACAGAUGCCUUUGCAUUUGGUAUUUAUUUCUCUAUUAUAAAGGGAAAAAUAAUUGCUAAAAAAAUAUUUGUUGAGAAUGUAAACUGUUAAUCUUCUGAGUUAAUAAACUAUUUACUAUGUUUUACUGCUGGUAACAAGGUUAAAUGGAGUGUGGGUAUAACUCAUAUAUUUAUAACAGAUGCAUUUGCAUUUGGUAUUUAUUUCUCUAAAAGGCAAAAAUAAUUGCUAAAAAAUAUUUGUUGAGAACGUAAACUGUUAUUAGCUGGUCCACAAAAUAUUUUCCUUCUUUUUUGAGCUAUGAGGGGGGGUGGGGGAGGGGGGAGGGUUGGUGUUUGAGCACAGUUAUUUACCCCCUUAGUAUAUUUAAAAAAGUCUUUUCCCUUGUUUUUCCAGUGGAAUGAUGUCUUCCGCAGAGCAUUCAGUGCACCAUGAGUGGUUUGACUGGAUUACAAAAAGGCAGCAACCGCAACUGGAUUUGAUAAGUAAGUGCUAAAAUAUUUGAGUAGAAGUUUGCUCAACAAUGCCACUGAAGAUACAACAAUAUUAUCCUAAAGAUUUUAAAAGAAGUGCACUUAAGACUGUCAGUGUUUUUGAGAAAUCCUGUUCAUUAGAAGGGAGAAAAUUAUAGAGACUAAUAUGCAUUGAACCCAACUUAGUGACUUUCACACCAGUCUGUGAUUAAUAGGACCAAUUUCACACAAAGAUAAUGACAAUUAAGUAAGGUUUCUUGUUUGUGAGAGGUAGGAAUAUGGUAAUCUAUGCCUGGCCGGUCACCUACCUACUCAAGCUGCCGUUGGUGAACCAACUUUCCAUACAUUGUCUUACAAAAUGUGGCAAAUCAUUUACAUGAUAAACAAAAAGUUGGCUCAGCUAGAGGGGUGACCCACCCAGCCGGUUCACUCUUUUGUGAUAGUAGGGUUACCCUCCUAGCUUUAGGGCUAACUUUCUUGGAUGCGUAGGUAACCAAAUUUUCUUACCUAUGGUUCUCCAACGCGCGCGCUUCGCGCGCGAAAGAGCUCCGCCAUACAUGCUUGCUAAAUUUGACUUCGCUGGAGAACAAACGGGGUCUUCGUUUUAGCCUGAGUUUCUUCAGACUUUGUAUUAUUCCCUCCACAGAAAAAUUAUAAUAUCUUUUAGUACUUUUUUAAAAUGGUUGAUUGAACUGCCACCUCAUUCGUUCCUAAGCUUCUCCAGACCUUGUGAACUGACGUUGGAUUGACCUGUUUAAUCUUUAAUAAUAUUCUAGUUUACCUGAGGACUUCACCUGAAACAUGCAUGCAGAGGAUUAAGGCAAGAUCUCGAACUGAAGAAAAAACUCUCCCCAUGGUAGGUAAAAAUACAAAAUAUUAUUGUUUUGUGACUCAAGAAAGAGUAAAUGUAGGGCGUAAUGUUUUAGGGUUUAUUCCUAACUAAUGCACUUAACGCGUCUUUAAUGACAGGAACUUCUGUGUGCGUUACAUGAAAGACAUGAGGAGUGGCUAAUUCAAGAAAAAUUUCCUGUACCUGCUCCAGUUAUGGUAAGCUAAAAAACGCAACUUAUUUUCCAGCAGCAGAGGUGAGGUAACAGCUGACACUUCGCGCCACCACCACUGGUUUCCCCGCGGAACGAGCGCAAAAUUUCCACACUGACGAAGUCUGGGUAGCGCACGUCAUCAGUAUGGAAUUUCUGCGUGUCAUUUCGUGAGGAAACCAGUCGCGGCGUCGUGAAAUGUCAGUUGUUUUCUCAAGCUACACGAAGGGAUUAAUUUGCUGGUGUGCAUCUGUGAUUAAAGGUCCUUUAACUUCAUGUUUACGUCCCAAUGCGUUCAGUCUCAGCCAGACGCGAGCUCAUCAUCCGGGGACUGCGACGGCAGGAAAAACGUCGCUGAAAUGAAAAGUGCUUGCGAUUACUCCUACCCACCUACUUUGUUAAAAGUAGAAAAUGUAGUUGUCUGCCAUGCCAUACGUCUCGAGCUCAUAACCUGUCAGAUUUGUAAUCGAAAACAUCAUACAUCAGCAAUGCCUUUGCAUUGCUUAUCGCCACAGGAAUUCCACCAAUUCAUGUAUCCAGUUGUUAUUGUUGAAGUCUAAGGAAUAAAAUGCAGAGCUCUGUUGGACACAGGUGCCGGAAGUUCCUAUGUAUUUGCCGCGCUUCUAGACCGUGUAUCAAGUGGUAAGUGAAAGAAAGAAGUCCGAAAGAUAGACAUGUUACUGGGGACGUCAACAAGAUAAGUAAAUCUGGCGAUGAUUGACAUUACUGACGUCAAUAGAAAGUUUUCAAUGCCUGUGGAGUUUACAAGAGUGGGUAAAGGAGAGUUGCUUUUUCUUGAUAACCCCAAGUAUCAAGAAAUGAUUGCAAGGUAUCCGCAGCUGUCGGGAGUCGCAAUGAGAGAUCUGGACACAAAGCGUCGCCUACCAGUGCACCUGAUACUUGGAGCCGGUGAAUACUCGAAACUGAAAACAGAAAGUGCACCGAAAAUCGGCGAGCCUCGUCAGCCGAUUGCCGAAUGA